CGGCGGCCGGGCGGGACAUGGCGGCCGCCGAGCGCGGCGACCCGGAGGUGGAGGAAGCGGGGCACGUCUUCCUCCUGAUGAAGAAAGACUAUCGCAUCUCCCGCAACGUGCGCCUUGCCUGGGUCCUCAGCCGACUCCAUCAGGUCAUCUGGGCUGUGCCUGAGCCAGAGCUGUUAAAGUCAGAAAAUGAACUGGAUGUUCUCAGCAUCUUGCCUAAUGGGUGGCAGCCAGAUGAGCCUGUCCAGCCUAGGCCCUAUCUCCUAGUGCCGUCAACGCGGGUCACCUUCCUUGCCCGCCAGUACCGGUUUGUGAUUGAACUUGACCUGAGCCCUUCCACUGGGAUUGUGGAUGACUCAACAGGAGAGAUAAUUUUUGAUGAAGUGUUUCAUGCUCUUUCCCGAUGCUUGGUGGGGUUGUUAAGACCCUUUCGUAUCCCUGGUUCAGACAUUAUUUACCAGCCAGAGAUCUUUGUGACCAUCCAGGCGUACUCCUCCAUCAUUGGCUUGCAGUCCCAUCAGGUACUAUUCCAGGGCUGUCAGCUGGAUGAGACGAAGCGAGAGGCCUUUCUGCACCAGGUGUACACACAGCUAUGUGCUUUUGAGAACAAAGUGGCAGAGAUGCUCCAGCAGCAGUAUGAACCCAAACCACAGGUGGACUUGUCGCCCCUGAGCCAAGAGAGCCCUGGUGAUGCACAGGAGCCAUCGGGCAGGAAGCCCAGUGUGUCUGUUGUCACUGCUGAUGUCGGCCUCGUCAGCAUGGUCCGGCAGGGUAUCCUGGCGCUGCAGUUGCUGCCUUCCAACUCCAGUGCAGGUAUAAUAAUAAUUACAGAUGGUGUGACCAGUGUCCCUGAUGUGGCUGUCUGUGAAACUCUACUCAACCAGCUUCGCAGUGGCACUGUGGCCUGCUCUUUUGUACAGGUAGGCGGUGUCUACUCGUAUGAUUGCAGCUUUGGCCACGUUCCCAAUGUGGAACUGAUGAAAUUCAUCGCCAUGGCCACUUUUGGUGCUUACCUCUCCACGUGCCCUGAGCUGGAUCCCCUAAGCCUCGAUCUGAAUGUGUAUCACAAGGCAUUUCUGCUGUACUCUUUUCUGCGUACUGGGGAGUCCCUGAAUCCAGAAUACUACUGCGUGUCGCAGCACAGACUGUUCAAUGAGCACCUGGUGUCUGCAAGCAGCAACCCCGCUCUGGCUAUGAGAAGGAAGAAGCACACGGAGAAGGAGGUGCACGCUGACCUCGUGAGCAUUGUCUCAGUGCGGCUGCGCGAGGGCUACAGCAUCCGUGAGGUCAACAUCACAAAAGGCGGGUCUCAGCUGGAGGUAAAACUAGUGCUGCUUUGGAAGCAUAACAUGCGGAUAGAAUACUUAGCUGUGACACCCUGGCCCUUGGACCCUCUGAAACGCAGCACAUGGGUGGAAGUGACGAUGGAGGGCAGCUAUGACAUCUUGCAUGACAUCAGUUGCACCAUGAGGAAGCCCAUCACCAGUCUCUACCGUACUACAGUCAUCCGGCGCUUCUGGAACACUUUGCAAAGCAUCAACCAGACAGAUCAGAUGCUGGUUCACCUGCAGUCUUUUGACACUGUCCCAGAACACUUCACCAUUCCUGAAAGCACCAAGAAUGGCGUGCCUCUCUUCUACAUCCCGCCAGGCUCCACCACUCCGGUGCUGUCGCUGCAGCACAGUGGGUCUGACUCAAGCCAUUCCCAAUUUGCCUCCUACUGGAAGCCUAUUCUUUCCAUGGAUGCUAACUUCUGGCAGAGGUGGCUGCACAUGCAUCGCAUUGUUCUCCUUUUGGAGCAUGACACGCCUGUCCCCAAGCACCUACACACGCCGGGCAACAAUGGCCGCUACAGCACCAUCCAGUGCCGUAUCUCUCACUCAGCGCUCACCUCCUUGCUGCGGGACUGGAGCAGCUUCGUGCUAGUGGAAGGCUAUUCCUAUGUCAAGCUGAUACACAGCUCUGAGGAUCCUACUCCUUCGUCAUUUUAUGUGGUGCGGAUCAUCUCCAAAGCUCCCUGCAUGGUUCUCCGGCUGGGCUUCCCCAUUGGCACACCUGCACAGGCCAGGAACAAGAUAGUGGAAGAGUUACGGGACCGAAUCUUGCAGCUCCGCUUUCCCCACAGGGUCCAGAGCAAAGAGGCAACUCCAAAAGCAAAGAGGAAAAUGUUUGGCAGUAGUUCUCCCUCCAAAUCUCCACCUGUGGCUGGAGCUCAGUCAGCUUUCUCAGAUAGGCCCUGCCUUGUAGUGCUGCACAAGCCCUUGGAAAAGCUACUCAUCAGGUAUGAGAAGCUGCCUUCUGAUUAUCGUGCUCCCUUCAUUCUCAACCUGGAGCAUCCCCCUGUGUCAGGCCCACUCACUAUGGUAGCCAAUCGUACUGCCUCUUCCACCUUGGCCUCACUGUCCCGCUACUUCUAUCACCAGCGCUGGAUCUGGAGCGUCCAGUCGGGGCUGGCACCGACUGUGCCCAUCACAGCUGUAGCCCAGCUCCUCUCCACGCUCACAGAAGUCCGUCUAUCAGAGGGUUUCCACUUUGCAUCUAGCGGGGAGGGAAUUAUCAACAUGGUACUGGAGCUGCCGAUACAGAUUGACAACUCGAGUGAGAGCAGUGGUGGCAGAGAGAAGCACACCUGUGUUGUUCAGUACAUCCUAUUUCCCCCACAUUCAACCUCCACCAAGGACAGCUUUUCCACGGAUGAUGACAAUGAUACAGAGGUGGAGGCCAUUGAGGUGGACACAGAACUGAAUCUGGUCACUGAGUGCUGGGUGGAGCCACAGAGUGGCCAUGUCCAUAGCACUGCUGAAAACUGGAAGCACCUUCAUGGCUUGUCCUACCAGAAAAUACCUAAAGCGCUCUAUCCGCGGGACCUUGCAUGCAUUGCUACCAUGCUGACCUUCGAGUACAUCAGCCAGUUGUGCCAGAACAAGGAGUGGGUCUGCCCUUCUUCUGACACCAAAGCCACUGAAGAUCCAGACAUGGGGGCUGGUUUCCGGGUACAUGAGAUCCCAUUCCAGUUCAAUCUUAUGAAGCUGUUGCCAAGGUGCCAGCAGGUUGAAAUGUUCUUCCUAAUGCUCACAAAAGAGAAUGAGGAGGUGACCAAGGACUCUUCGUUUGUGCCCAAUGAAAUGCUACUAAACCUCUUCCAUGGCUGCCUGCAGCAUGACCUCAGUGACCGGGAGAUCCCCAUGGUUGACGCUGAUCACAUGGCUUUCAUGGAGCAAGUUCUGCAGCGGGACCGUGAUGGCCAUCAGCCACCCUUCACGCUCCCCGUGAUCCGAGAAGAAACCCUGAAAGCCUCUGGGACCCUGGAGCAGCAGGAUGCUUCUGCAUCCUAUCACCUUGCUGGCAGCAAUGGCACCAGGGAUAUGACUGGCUCCACAAGUACUCUGCAGAGUCUGGGCAACACAGAGCUGCCUGAGGACGACGUGACCCGGUGUGACACCGUCAGGCUCUUUCUCCCGCAGUGGCGAUGCUACGCCAAGCUAGUCAACCCACAGCAUGUAUUCCUCACCUUUCUGCCAGCCACCUUCUCAGAUAUCCAGAAGCUGAUGGCUUGUGGGUUGGACAAACCUCCAAAAGAUGAGAGUCAAGCUGGAGCAGAUACCCUGGGACCUGUCUGUGCAGAGCGAGGUGUGGCUGAGGCUGAAGAAAGGAACAUUGCAGCACCAUUACCUACCCUCAGCAUAACACCAGCUCAUGAAGUGGGCCGUGACUCUGGAGAACACGGUGGCCCCUCACGGAGAGACAUUCAUAUCUCCUUCUGCCGCCAGAACUCACAACCUGAGCUAGGCGAGUGCCGCAGAUUUCGCUGCCCCAUCUACAUCUACAGCUGCUCUCUGGAGCUGUUGAGAGAGCAGCUUGUCAGUCCACGGACACACCGUCCUCCCCGAGAUAUCUUUUUCAGGUCCCAGUCUCUGGAGCGUCCUCCUACUGGUGCAUGGCUAGACCACAAGCAUAAGGAGUUAAUGAGUUACUGCACACUGCUACAGGAGCACUCCCACCAGUGCUACGUGAAAGGGCUGUUCAAGAGCCUUCAGCAGUCCCACAGCAUCAGUUCCCAGGACCUACUCACAGCAAUGGACUACUGUGAGGAGCUGCUCCAAGAGAUUGAUAUCACCAACUUCCUGCUGACGGUGUGCAGUCAUGUGCGAUCCUUUCGAGAAAGCCACCAGCAUUUCCAGACACACCACAAGACUGCCAGCUUCCAGGUGGGCAGCGUAGACCAAGAGGAGGAGCAAAGCUCCAGGGAACGAGGUGUCUUGGUCUCUGAAUCCAGUGCGGAAAUGGAGGACUACAGUGAGCAGGACUCCCACAACAUUGCUAGCCCCACAGAGGAGCCAAAGAGCAGUGUGGGCACCAGUUGCUGUUCAGAGUUUCCUCUCUCACUGCUGGAAAUUGGGCAGCCCUGUCAGGCUCACCCUGACUUGCAUAAAAUUAUUCAGGAAAAGUUCUUGGAAAUUGGAAGUUUACAUUUCAAGCCAGUGCCGUCAAAUCCUCACUACUUCUUCUACUGCCCACCAUCAGCUAAGAAAGAGGAGGAGGCAUGUCGGGAUCAGACAAACAGGAAAGGCAGUGAGGACAUGGAGGGAUCAGAGGCAGAACUGGCAGCUGAAGAAGGAACUGUGUCUGGGUGCUGCAUUGCCACAGAGAGUGACCCAGAGCUGGAGGUGGAGUAUCGCGAGAAGCUGGAGCAUGAGUUCGCAGAUACAGAUUCUCUCUCAGACUCUAACACGGUGAACCAGGAUGAUGACUCCUUCAGUGUGCUGGGAGGGGACUCGCUCAAUGAGCAGGAGUUCCUGGAGCAGGAGAUGCCCCCACUCUUUGUGCACCUCACCUGCUCAGUGAAGCUGCGCAGCCAGCACAGCUCCAUGCCUGUGCAGUCCCUGCCCACUUGUCUAGGGGAAGUCUUGGGCUGCCUGGAAAGCUGCCAGGGCUUGAACACCAUUGACUUGGGGGACCUGUGUGUGACCCUGGACAUCUUUGUGUUGACACUGCCCCUGGAGAUAGAAGUUGUGAAUGCAGACAUUCUUCACAACAGAUGCACCUCAGAGAGCAGUGUGUCCUUCACCCGCUCUCCAGGGCAACCGUCCUCUUUCCGCUCAGAUGAGGAUAUCAUGCACAACUUGGACCGGCUCCCAUCCACAGGAGAUGAGAGGCAUCCUGCACUCUCCAACCUCCCUGGAGUGCACAGACAGGCUAUUGAAGCCACCAUGAAUGAGAUUCGCUGGCUUCUGGAUGAUGAGAUUGUGUCUGCACUGCGCCACUCACAAGUCAUCAGCGCUGCCAUCCUACACCGGGUGGCCACCCACAUCUAUAACUCCAAGGGGCGGCCCAGCUGCCACAGCGAAGUGGUGCUGCUCCAGUUUGUCUUUGGACCUGAGCACUCUCUUGAGAAGUUCAAGGAGGAGUUCAGGAGAAUGGCUCUACCAGGCUACGUGCUCAAUGCAGAAGGCAGUGAUUAUCACUACAUCUCAAUCAGCCGCCUACACUCAAGACGGGCAGCUCCAAACCCUUUGGGGGCAACCUGCUUACAACAGCCAGCUGGAGGGGACACUAGGACAGCUCUGGGCCAGGCAGGCCGAGAGAGGAGCAAUGAAGCUGGGGCGGAGGGCUCCGAGCUACCUCAUGCAAGCUGUGUUCUCCCAGAGGAAGCCCAGGAUCUCUGGGAGUGGUCGGAGAGUGACAGGAAUAUUGUGCUGGACACAGGAAACGCUGUAGGUGGAGGCAGCCACAAGCAGGAUGAGGUCCCAAAAGAAGCAGUGAGCCUUGAACAGAGCAGAGCGUCUGGCCACGACUCCCUAGAGGAGGCAGCUCUGGAGACAACCAUACAGUCCUUGCCAUCCUCAUCCUCGGAAAAGGGCAACAGUGAGAAAUCGCCAUCAGUGACACUGUCUGCAGCAAGCCUCGCUGACUCUGUAGCCCAGGGAAGGGAAGGCUCCAGCAAGCAGCGUCCCAGCCGGGUGCAGAGCCUAGUGUCGAGCCAGGGCAGCAUGGACUCUGACCAUCUGGGUUAUGAUGGGGGAAGCAGUGACUCGGAGUAUGAGGAGGCACUGAUGAGUGACCAGGAACACAGGUGUCCGCUUAUGCCGGAUUUCUGGCUGAUCAUAAAAAUCCAGCAGGACCGAGUGGAGGUCUAUUAUCACACACGCAACCUGAGUGUGGAGAAGGCAGCAACAGCAGAGACAGGAGAGGAGCAGCCAGGAGAGUGCCAGAGUCUCAACCAAUUGGUGGUGAAGAAGAUCAGUGAAAUCUGCAGGGUGGUCAAUCAGCGCUUGCUGCUGCAGGACCUGCACGACAGCCAUGUGUGCAACUCAUUGCUGGUAGCAGAGAGCGAGGAAGAUAUCUGGAAGAGUGAAACUCCCUAUACCUCUUACAGGCAGCGUGCCUUGCCCACAGAUGAUUACUCCGUAGAGGAGAGCUACCAGCCCCGGGACUACCUGGCUGCCACCAUGCAGUUCAUGCCAGGGCACUUUGCUUGUGAUGUGGUGUGGAGCACCCUCAUCCAUGUGCAUUCACGGCUUAAGAUGGGCCCAAAUAUGGGGGUCUCGCGAGCUAUCCAGGCGCUUCGUUCUGUGCUCAACGCCUUCUCUGUGGUGAACAGGAAGAAUAUGUUUGUCUACCAGGAACGUGCCACUAAAUCUGUCUUUUACCUCCGACUCACUGAAACCACCUACAGUGGGAAGAUGUGGGAAGCAGAGAGCAUUCUUAGUCCAGCAUCUCGUUCACUGGCACUGACACGCAGCCAGGAGCCCAUUUACUCUGAGGAUCUAAUGGGCUCUCGUUCGUCUUUAGAUACAGCCUCAUGCCGCAGCGUGGACUCUGCCCGCCCUGUGGGACAGGUAGACAGACACAUCCAGCUGAUGGUCCAUGGCGUUGCCCCAGCAGGGCCUGAGAUCACAGAUGAGCUGGUGAAAGUGCUGCGCAGACGCCUGGAUGAGGCUACUCUGGAUAUCAUCACUGUCAUGCUGGUGCGGAAUUGCAAGCUGACCCCAGCAGAUGUGGAGUUUAUCCAGCCACCUGGGACACCACCCACAGAGGUUCUGCAGUUCUCUCUGCCCCCUUCUGCCCUGCCUUGGCUGCCUGCUGUGGCUUACUACCUGCGCCAGAAUCUGCUCAUCUUCCUGCACACCCCAAAGUACACAGACAGCAAUGUGGAGCACCACUUCAAGCACUACUUCCACAACAGUGGUAGCACCCCUGACCAGGAUCUCUAUCUGUACAACAAGCCGGGUGGCCAAGGCACUGGUGGCAAAGGUACCAUGUCGGACCUUGUACACCAUCUCUUUCCACUCUCCCACUUCCAAGGGAUCGCGUGCAUUGCCCUGACGUUUGUGGAUGAGAAUGGCAGCCCCAUCUCACUGCCCCAUGGCGAGCGGCCUGACCCUUUGAAGUUGCCUUCCUCCUCAUCUGUUGUGGGCCUGCUGCAGGACACCAACUUCGAGAGCCUCACUGCGGUUAGCCAGCAUCGGCCAGAGACGGGCACUCUGCCUUCAGAGCCCUGUGUGCUGGUGCGCCUGGAUAUCUGGGAAAAGGGGAACAUCAGCCUGCUGCAGCUGUCUGAGAAGCUGCGUGGAGCCCUGCGCCAUGCUCUCUGUGAUGCUGUCAUGGAGUUCCUCAUGCUGCCAGCCCCGCUCUGCGUGGAGGUCACCUGCCCUCUAGGUGCCACGGACCUGGAGGAGCUGGGCUCUGCAGGAGGUCUUAGGAGAACCAUGUCAGAGACCAAGGGUUUGGCCAUGGCUGCUGGUGGGGCUGGCAAGGGCUGUCCUCCACCCUUGCACUUCACCUCUACCCCUUCGUCCAGCCCUGGGGAGCCUGUCACGCCCACGAGCAAGCUGGGACGCCGCAGCUUCUGGGACAUGCUGAGCAAGGCAGAGUCCUCAGAGCUGGGCAGCCCCAAGACUACUGACGACAUUGUGCUGGAGCGGCCAGAAGAGGCUCGCACACGGCGGCGGCACAAGACUGAGAGCGUCAAGCAGCACCUGAGCCAGGAUCGGGCCACAGCCACAGCUGAACUGGAACAGGCACAGAGGCGCCGAGCCUGCCAGUUAGAGGAAGGGGAUGUAGGUACCAUGCAUCCACUCUUCAAUCAAACCUGCCAGCAGUGGAUGGCAUUCAUGAACCACCUGGGAUGCCCAUCUGUGCAGCAGUGCUCAGUGGAGAUUGUGUCCCGUUUCCUCUUAUCCUCCAUCCUGGUGGAAGUGGUGAGCCUGGUCACUGCCCUAGCAAGCGACACCACUGUCAAGGUGUUCGAGCGGGUCUGUUGCCAUCGGGGCACCGCCUUCCUGCCCUAUAAACCUGGCCAGAGCGCUAGCCCUCGCCCCGCAGCUGUCAGACACUUCAUUCUUCUGGGGCGAAACUUCCACCAGUGGCGUUGCAGCACUGAGCAGGCUCACAAAGGUCUUCAGCGCUUUGAGGCCAUGGAAUUCAGCUCCGCAGAGAGAGGGUCUGACCCAAGCCUCUCUGGGCGAGACCUGGCACCCCGGCAGAGGUUCCUCUUCAUAGAGAUUGUCGACAAAAAGCUGACACUCUACACUUAUAACUGGUCCCCAGACCUGGGGGCCAACCUGAACUGCUCACUCACUCGCCUGCUGCAGUGGCAGAAUGCUCGGUCUCACAUUGUGCAUUGCCUGCUCAGCCAGAAGCUGGGACUCUUCCACCACUACUGUUUCAUGGACACACCAUGGCACGAGGACAGCAAGCAGGAGCCAAACCCGUUCCUGAACUCCACUUUGGAGGUGGAUGCGCUGAUCCGCAGUUCCAGCCCCCCACCUAGUAAGGAACAAGGCCGACUGAGCAGCUCUGCACGAAGUCUGCCAUCUCUGCACUUCCAUCCCGAUGUGGUGCCCUUUGACGAAGCUCUACGGGAUGUUAGCGCUGUUAAACACAUUCCCCAUGGGCCUGACUUGGGACCUUUUGACCCUCUGUCUCGGCAUGGGGCCCAAUUCCUGGAAAUCAAGAGCAUGGAGAGGAAAGAACUGGAGAAACAGAUGAAGAUUGAGAAUCUCUUUGUGACCUGGCAGCAGAGAUCAGCACAGUCCAACAUGCCUAUCAGUCUGGCAGACCUGGAGACUCUGAAGCAGUCCUCACGCCUGGUUCACUACUGUGCUACUCCAUUGCUCUUUGACCCAGCCUUCAGACAGCAGAUUCAAACUGACCAGCAGGGCAAGGUGGAGGGCAAGAAGCGCCACCGCUCAAAUGAUUCUACAGCUUCAGGGAGAGAUCGCAGCCACAGCUGUGACUCAACAGAAGCGCUGCCCUGUAAGCUGAAGGAGGAGCCUUGGCUGCAAGAAAUGUGCAAUACCUUCCUGCAGCAAUACAUCCAGUAUCUGCAGAGCAUGGGCUUCAUUUUGGUCCAGGUGCGACCACCCUCACCUACUACUCGCAGUAGUACAAGCCGGAUCCGAGCUCUGGCAGCAAUGGGUGUGGAGGGGAGAGGGUCCUUUUCCUACACAAAGCCGAAAGCUGAGGGGAGUCCAAAGAGCACAAACCCCACUGUUGCCACCUAUCAUCUACAGAGAGCUCUGCCAGGUGGGAUUGUGCUAAUGGAGCUGGCCUUCCAGGGCUAUUACUUCUGUGUGAAGCAGUAUGCGCUGGAGUGCUCGCGGAUACCCAUGGGCCAGUCUGUGAACUCCCAGGGCACUCUUACAGCCAGAGCUCGCAGCAAGAGCUGCAUGGGACCCAGCUCCGUCUCUGAGUCUGCGCUCUCCAUGCUCUUCACGGAGGAGUGUGACAAGGUGCGGGACCUCAUGCACGUGCAUUCAUUCAGCUAUGACUUCCACUUGCGUAUAGUGCACCAGUAUCUGCUGGGCUCCCAUAUGACCCUCCGUCAGGGCUACCAUCUCACCAGCUUCCUGGAGGAUUUCAUUGCCCACCACCCUGACAUACCCAAAUUUGGCCGCAACCAUGUUUUCCAAGGCACCCUGGCCCUGCCCACCAACAUGAUCACUGCACACCAGCUGUACAACUACAUCGCUGACCAUGCCAACACCUACCACAUGAAACCCCUGCGCAUGGCCCGGCCAGCCACGGGCAAUGACAGCAAGAAGGGGGCACCAGGCACAGAGCAGAAUGAAUAUGCGUUGGUCUCUAUCUGGAACAGCUCGGGCUCCUACAAGGACUCUGAAGGUCUGCGUCAUCACGAUGACUUUGACGUGUCCCUGCUGGUGUGUCACAGUGCAGCACCAUUUGAGGAGCAGAGCGAGGCAGAGAGACGCAUGCUCCGCUUGCGUUUCUACGUCAUCAUGACUAGCCAGCGGGAGCUGUUCCCCCGGCUCACGGCUGAUAUGCGGCGCUUCAAGAAGUUGCCGCGCUUGCAGCGGGAAGUGCUGGAACCUGUGGUGGGCCGGGCUGCAUGGGAAGCAGCAGAGCCAGAGUCAAGCCUGGAACAGCAGCAGCCAGCGGAGCGAGAGCUGUGGCAGGAUGUGGAGGACAGCAGCGAGUUUUACGCAGGGGGCACGCAAGUCAAACUGGGGCCUGGGCUCUUUUAUACCUCGCCGCUCUUCCCCUUGCUGGCCUCUGAGGUGGCCUCAGCCCAGAAGCAGCUCAGCAACAUGGUGCAGCUUGCCAAGUGCCACUGCCGCAGGGACAACCUCUGGAAGCGUCUCUUCCUUCUGGAGCCUCUGGCUUCUGACAAACUGAAGCUGGGCAAGCUCUCACUGGUGGAGCUGGAGGAGCUGCUUGAUGCUGUGCAUGGGAAAUCCAUUGCUGAUGUUGACCCUCAGCUGGGAUGCUUCCUCACCAUGACAGUCUCCUGGUACCAGAGCCUCAUUAAAGUGCUGUUGAGUCGCUUUCCCCAGAGCUGUCGGCACUUCCACAACGCUGAAACCGGCACCCAGUACCUGGUUGUGCUUAACCAGAAAUUUACAGAUUGCUUCGUUCUUGUGUUUCUUGACUCCCAUUCAGGAAAGACGAGCCUCACAGUGGUUUUUCGGGAGCCGUUCCCUGUGCAGCCCCAGAACAGCGAGAGCCCUCUGCCACAGCUUGUGUCCACGUACCAUCACCUGGAGUCAGUUAUCAACACUGCCUGCUUCAACCUCUGGACAGGCCUGCUCUAGCACUGGAGCCCACACCCUGCAGCGACACGUGUACUCUUUGCACAUCUGUGCCAAUGGUGAUGAUGGAGAAGAACAGGCCUUCUGGUACCUGGGCUCCAGCAUUGCAGGCAGCACCACUAGCAGCACACACGGGUACCAGAUUGAGGAGCUGGGGAAUGCGUGUGGGCAGCCUGGCUCCUCCUCUUGGGCUGCAGCUCCUACUGCACUUCCACUGUUCACUGGCUGGCUGGUGUGGCCCUCAGCACACUUUUCAGUGGGUCUGUACUGAAUUAUUUUGGAUUGAAUUGCAAGGACAGGAGCUUGGCUGCUGCAGCCUGGCAGAGUGGCUCUCAGGGACAUGGCUUUAGCAUCUGCAGGUGAGUUCUGCCUGCCGGGCACGUGUGGAGGAGCACGCUGCAUCUUCUGGCAUGGGGCAGCAGUGUACUUUGCUUUAGGUGAAGAGGCUCCUGCACUUAGGGGUCUGGGCAGUGAGGCUGCCCACUUCUGGCCCUCUGCUUUUAUCAGGAGAGCACGGAAUGAGACAGGAAAGGUGAACUGGACCAGGGGAAAGGUUAUUUUUUUGGAAAUGUACACUAAAGCCAUUGCUGUAUCUGUGAAGUAAACUGAACCAGACUCCCCACUUGUGUGCUGCUGGCUGGCCUUCUGUAGAGGCUGCAGAGGCAACUCUGACCCUGCAGGCUGCCUCUCACGUAAGCAAGGCUGGAGGGGGCUGGCUGGAUUUGCACUGGAGUCUUGUACUUACUCCAGAGCAACAGUAAUAUAUCCCUCUGUCAGCACAGAGUGUCCCUGUGAAGGAAGCUCCAAGCCUGCUGCCUCGGUUUGGGGACAUGGCCUCUGUGCUCAGUCCCAGGUUGAACUGGGGGGUUCUCUUGGGGAGCCUGCAAGGGAGCUGGCUGCUUCACUUUUCCCACCUGCCUGCAGGCCUUGGCACUCUGACCUGAGCGUCUUGGCCAUGCAACAGCAGCCUCAAGAACUGCAGGGUGUGGAACAGGCAGGAUGUCAAAGCCCACAGCCCCAGGCCCUCUUCCCCUCAUACCAGCUGGAGCUGGACUGAAGAACCCACUUCCUUCCCAAGCCCAGCAGUGCCUGGUGUGCUGCUGAGGAGGUUAAGGUGCUCCUGUGUACCUGAAGCCAUCUUCAGCUCCAGUACUGCCCAAGCCACCUCCAAAUAUGACUUGCGGCAGAUGGUAUUUAAGCAGAUGAGGGUCCAACUUUCUGUGCUAGCCUAGCAGGGCCUGCUACAGGCCUGCAAAACAGCCUUGGUCUUAGCAAACAGCAGUAUUAAGGAGGUGACUAGGACACAGAAGCUCUUAACCUCACUCUGGAAAUCUCCCAAGUCAAACAGGGAACAGACUUGCUUUUCUGUUUGGGCCAUUGAUUUGACUUUUAUUCCAGUGAUUUCAUUCUGUUUUACUCUGUUGCCUUUCCGGUCUCUCCAUGCCGCAGGCCUCGGCUCUCCCAGUACGAGCGCAGCCAGCCCAGACCUUCCACUGUAUCUCCUACAGCAAGAGACAGGGUUUCCUGCUGGCCUCCCCAGGCACGCUGGAGCUAAUUUUCCUGCAGGCAGGGCCCUCAUCCCCAGGUGGGGUCCCCCCCCCCCCGGCCCACUGUGCCUGCACAGCCCCCCUAGGACAUGCCUGCUUUUUUCAUGGACCCCCACAAGCUGGUCUAUUCUGGGAUCUGUCAGUGGCAUUAAGACCCUGCAGGCCCACUCACCUUUUGGAGCGUACUCGCACCCCACGUAGCCAGUGUAGCCGAGGGACUCCAGGAGCUGGAAGAGGUAGGGGAAAUUCACCUCCCCAGGGCUGUCGGGCUCAUGCCGCCCUGGCACCUGCGCAAUCUGGAUAUGACCUAGGGAGAGAGUAAGAGGCUCUUUGCCCAAGGCAGCUGUGCCUGCAGCCUUCUGUAGGCAUGGGACAAGGUGACCUGAGAGCAGCCCCUCAACCCUAGCCAGCCACCGCAGAGCGUAGGGAAGCAACUCCUGCCCCAUGUACGUGUAGGAGCCCUACCUAUGAGCGGGAAGUAUGUCUCCAGGUUGCGUGACAAAUUCCCAUCCAUGAUCUGGCAGUGAAAGAUGUCCUGUGUGAGAGAGGAGACAGUGUAGCCUGUUCAGCAGCAAGUAGCUGGGGAAGGUUGUGCAGCAGUCCUUGUCCCUCCCUGUGCCCCAAAAAGGGCUACAAAGCCCCCAGCCACCAGGGCUCCCCUGUGGUGCCAGGCCCUGUGUGCAACAUGCUAGGGAUGCUGGAGCAGGGCUGAAAGGCCCUGAAGCAUCUGAACCUUUCCUGUGGCCCUCACACCACUGUGCUGGGCAUCUCCUUCUGCCUGCUGUAUUUUGGCUAAUACUCAGCUUCACCACAGAGCUGCGUUUGGCUUUACAAAUGGGAGGCGAGCUUCCCUGGUGGAAGGUGAACCCUUGAGAUGCACGAUGCUGACUCACCAGCUGCAGUUUCAGGUUGGGUCGCCCCACCUUCUCCAAGAUGGCAGCAGCUGAGGAUGCAAGAGAUGAGUGCCAGUGACUCCUAUGCUGGGAGCCUCAAGGUGAAGCCCUGAGACCCCCGUUCAUCAGCUGUGCUCCCGCAGCAGGUCCCUGCAUGUAAGGCAACCUCCUGGCUUUGCUCUUGAGCAGCAGCAAGGAAUCUACCUUGAGUCAGAAUGUUUAGGGGCUCAUUUCCUGCCUUGAAGGAGACUUUGAGGAGAGAUGUCUGCCUUACCUUGGUGUGGGGUGUUCAGAAAGUAGCGGGGGUCAGUGAUGCGACUGUUAAUAGGCUCUAUCAGUCCAAUCAUGUCUUCCUGUAACACAGUGGUAUCACCCCAUGGAGCAUCUUGUCACCUUUGCAGCAGGCAGCUGCUGGCUUGUGCUGCAGCUGGGAGCACUACCUCCCUGUGCCAAGCUGGUUGGGGACUCACCGCCCUCAGUCCCCUACGAGCUGCAACAGUGAACAGGACCCGUUUCCUAGUUACCUGGGCCAGGAUGUCAGCAGCAUAUCGAAGAUUCUCAAUAAAUGUGGUUUCCAUCUCGCCUGCCACUGCUGCUCGGUCUGCACCCACAGGAACCCGCCCAGCCAUGAGAUGGAUCCUGCAGAGAGAUCAGCUGUGGGCAGUAGCUCCAGUCUCCAAACUGAGCUGUCAAGCACUAAUGCACCUUCCUCAGCAGGUAGAAAAUGCAGAGAGGGUAGGGAACCAGACACAGAACAUGCAUCAAAAGUAAUUCUCUUCCGUGCAGGAGGUGAAACAGGCUCCAGCGAGCUGCAGGGAUAUAAGUCUGCAUAAUCCCAUUCCAGUACUCAGAGGGACAACUUUGAACCUAGCAAGUGACACAUCAUGGGCCUUGGUUCUUCCCUCUUUUAUCAGCUGCCACCUCACUCGUGCAAAGGCCAAGCUCAGAGAUUCAGAAUUCAGAUCAGAGUUCUCACAGGCUCUCACUACGGGAGCUGCCCUGAAGCCAGCACAAUGGACAGCAGGCACACUGUCUCUGCUUGGGGCAGAACAGAUGCCUUGUCUUGCUGUUUGCUACAGCCAAAGGUUUAGAACAGGGAGAAGAGGUGGCCAGCUGCUGGGCUAGUACAGGCUGCACGCAAAGCUCAACUGCAGGGCAAAAACGAGGAUUUUAAAUGAUCUGGUGAAGGAGUACUGUGAAAACAAAACAGACUAUCAUCUCCCUGUUAACAGAGAGAGUGAAAUGACCUGCAGACCUCAGUCUGACCUAUCCUGUAGGCAGGGUCUUAGAUUAAAUUUUGAGAGAAAGAAUGAUGCAAAGAGCUAAAUGGAAUAAAAAUGGAACAGUUUUUCUGAA